AUGACGCUCAUUCUGCAAGGGAGCAAAGCCCUGCUGCCGAUCCUACUCCUUUGCUUUCUGGCUGUGACCGCCGUCUCCUCCCAGAGUCCUUUCUACACGCAGUUCCUCUGGCAGCAUAUCGACUUCCCCCGGAGCAACAUAGCGCAGGACUAUUGCGGGGUCAUGAUGCGACAGAGAGGGAUGACAAGGCCUUGCAAAAACACCAACAGCUUUGUCCACAUCUCCAAGAAAGAUAUUAAGGACAUGUGCACUUGGGCGGCGACCUACUACCGCCGAAACCUGCGCCUCAGCAAGAAAGAGGUGCCCGUCACCACGUGCUUUCUGGAGAGGACGGCGCCUAACCGGUGCUUCUACUGGUCCUACACUGGGAAAAGAUACAUCUACAUCAGCUGUGACAAAAAGGGGUGGCCUGUCCAUUUUGAAGAGACCAAUUUCAUGUAG